AGACUGUUGAGAGUAGAGAGUGUAGGAAUGGUGUUGUACGGUAUCGCUGCUCGUUUCUCAAAACAAACAAAAUUUCACUCCAAAUAAAAAACUUUUGUUUAAUAUUGAAUUUCUGUUAAACUGAUUGUUAUACUAGUGAAUUGUGCAUUAGUGUUGUUUCUUAUACAGGAUUAUUUUGGAACUUGGUUCUACUCCCAACAGAAUCUGAUCUCUGGCAAUCAUCUGCUUCGGUGCUUCCAACUGCUACAAAUUAUCGACUGAUCAACCACUCCAAAACAAAAUGACCCCCUUGUAAACCAGAUAACUUUCAAUUUAGAAUUAUCAAAAAUGACUCGUUCCAAAAUGAAACCUUCUGCACCGAAUAUAAGCAGGUUGUCCAUCAACAUUGUCAGUUUUUCUCUGACGUGCCUGGUGUUAUGUUUGGCCAUUGGUUUGUCCAGUGGUGGAGGAGGAUUCUCUAAUAGCUUAGAUACGAUCAAAAGCAACAUGAAGGUCGUUCUUGAUGACCUCAAAAGCGUUCUGCCAAACUAUACAGAUUUUGUAGAUAAUCAUAAGUAUCUAUCAGGAGGUGUCAAGUUCAAUCCGAAAGGAAUGAGUGGCUUAUAUAAUUUAACCACGCAGUUCAUGAAUUGGAUCUUGCCGCAGGAUGUGCUGAUGAAAGAACUAAUAGUAUGGAAACAAGUCGGCUUGUACUACUACCCACGACUCAACGAUGGAGUCACCAUAGGCGAGAUGCUCAAGUACUACUGGCCUUUACUGCUGGUUCUACUUAUCCUCUUGCUGAUCACCGUGCUUGUUCCACUAGUGGGUAUAUUCUUCUGUUGCUGUAGAUGCUGUGGUCAUUGCGGAGCCAGAACUCAGCCGUGUGAUAAAAGGAGAGAUCUGUGCAAGAAGGUUUUCCAAGGGACUAUGCUGAUUGUACUAGGAACGGGACUUUUGUUUUGUGUUGUAUGUGCAUUCGCAAGUAAUCAACAGAUUCAGGAAGGGGUUGACGAGCUUCCAGGGAACCUAAAGAACGCAUACAAAGAUUCUUAUUCUUAUCUCGAAGGUACCAAGGAUCACGCAACAAAUCUGCUCAAUAAUAACUACAAGCAGUUUGCGAAUGUGUUCAAAGACACCGUGGAAAAAUCUGGAGUCCACGUGAUGCAGCAACUAAACAUAUGGAGUAACGCAACUGCCAUGAUGGACUUAUAUAAUUUCGUGGAAGCUAUACCGAACAUUACAGUACAAUUGGGGCACUUGAAAGGUUAUACAAAUAACCUUAGAGCUAUGGCAUCACAGCUAAAUGAUGCUAUGAGAAAAGUGAAACGAGACCUGCUGACAUUGCUGAAUAACUGUAGUUUGGAAGAUUGUGUACAGAUCCAAAAGCAGAUUUCAAAUUUGCAGACCAAUAUAGACUUCAAUAGGCUUCCCGAUGUGGCACCUGCUAUCGAUAUACUCGGAAAAUUGAAUUUGAACUUGUUGAAAACUGCCGCAGAAGAGGGAAAAAGUAAACUGGACAAUAUAGAACGGCAUAUUACCAGCAGUUUGAACCAAACGCUUAAACAGGCGCUAAAAAAGGUCGAAGAAGCAGGUAGAACUGUCCAAGCCAAUCUAAAUAAAGUCCUCAACACGAUAUCGGAUCUACAAAACCAGAUAAACAGUGUGAAUGGUACCUUGGAAGAUGGGUACACAUACCUAGCCUACUAUUCACCGUAUCGAUACUACGCUGGCCUUUCCAUCAGUUGCGGUUUGCUUUUGAUAGCAAUUUGUAUAGUAUUGGGUUUGAUAUGUGGUAUAUGCGGUAAAAGACCAGAUGGAUACAGUGAUAAUUGCUGUAACAAAGGUGCUGGCGGACAGUUUUUGAUAUGCGGAGUAAUGUUGAUGUUCUUAUUCUCCCUCAUCAUCGGCGUAGUUACCAUUGCAACUUUGGCUCUGGGCAUGGCAAGUGACAGAGGCAUUUGCUAUCCGCUACGCCACCCUGAAAAAUCUAGCGUAUUAAACGUAGUCGACGAUUAUAUAGUAAAGAACAUAAAACUAAACAAAGUGGACAUUGAUGUUAGACUCAGCACUAUCCUCAAUCUCUGCUAUAGGAACGACAGCAUCUACAAAGUAUUCAAUUUGGCGAAAAAGUUCAACGUGGAUGACAUAAGAAAACAGUUCGACGUAGAGUCAGUUUUGGACGGUAUCAAGCAUCAGUUGGAUAGAAUCGUGGAUCCUCAUUUUACCAUUUUGAAUAACACCAACUUAAAUAUAUUAAGGAACUUAUCCAGCUUUGAUCCGGGAAUCAAUUUUGAUCAUUUUCAAGAUGAGCUGAAAGUUAAUUUCACCAAUAUGAGUCUGAAAAAACUGUCGGAAGUUCUCCAAAAGCUAGUAGAACAUAUGGACAGUGACCCACUAUUGGCAGGGAUACAGACUGGUUUGAAACUGAGUAUUCUUCACGUCACAACAUAUGACGAGAAAAUUCUUGGACCGAUGAGGAACAAGGCUAAGGAAGUCAUGAAUAUAGCUUUGCAUCUCGACUCGAGUUUGAAAAUGAAUUCAACCAGCUUUAAAGAAGCCAUAGAUAAGCUGAUAAAUGAAAUAGAAGAUGCUCAGAGGAAGCUGCGAGAGGACGGAUCAAAGAUGUUGAUUGACGCUGCAAUGUCUUUCGGAAAUAUAGUUAAGGAUCAAGUACAUAGCUUCAUCGACAGAGUAAUUGAUGUGACGAAGAAUAAGAUUGGACAGUGUGGACCUUUGAACGUGGCUAUAAAUUCCACUUUAGUCUCAACUUGUGAUAAAAUUUUGCAACCAUGGAACGGUUUUUGGGUGUCGUUAUUCGCCAGUUUGUUGCUCUUCAUACCGACUAUCAUCGUCUCAGUGAAGCUGUCGUCAUUGUACCAGAAGUAUAAGCAGUAUGGGCAAUAUGUUGAAACUCGAGGAAGUAAGCGUGGAAAGAAGAAGAAGAAAGGAAAGCGGCCCGAGGAUCGUCAUCAGAUGGGAGAAGUGGUUACUAGGGAAUAUGCUGCCGGAUCUCAACCCCCUGAUAAUAGAUAUGCUGAUAUGGCUCCCAAGCACUGGGAAGAAUUUCCAAAUGGAGGACCGCCUCAGUACCAAAGAGCUCCAACUGAAUAUGAGAGACCCCCUCCUUAUUAUUAUCCCGGUUCUGGUGAACAUUAAGGAUUGUAAGAAGCAGGCAAUUUAACAGACUGAUUUGAACUGAACCUUUUGCAUCACAUUUUCAAGAAAAAACGACAGAUUGCCAUUAUUAAGUUUAGUUUUUUUUUCUUUACUUUAUCGAUGUUUUUAAUACGUAAAGCAAUAGCGUUGUUGUGUAAAAAAUUGACACAAGAAAAGCAAAUUAUUAGUUAGAUGUUUAAGUCUCGAUAGAUUCAUUUCAACUUUCUUUUUCUCAAAUAUUUUAUGAAAAACGGUGAAUUUUCUCAGUGGCUAGGGAAAUUUUUAUGGCAGUGAUUGUAUUAAAGGUUUUAUCCAAAAAAUAUGCCUCUAAGUAGGUCCUUUUUAGUAAUUUUAACUAAAUCGAGAUAUAUUGGAGUUAUGUUCAUACGAUUUGAAGAAAUUAUUUCUACAAAAACUAAAUAAAAAAAUUUUAACAAAAGACAAAAUAAUUUGGGCAAAUGUUUUAGUAUAAUCACUUCCAUAUAUAAAUUGAGGCUUCAUCAACAAAUAAAAGUAAACCAUAAAAUAAAGAAUGCUCUCUGGGCUUUCAUGUG